AUGACAGCCCUGGGACCUGCUGGGAUAGGAGUGGCGGACCUGUGCCAAGAAGGAGACAAACUCUUAGAGACUGGAGAUUUGGGGAAGGCCACUGCUCUGUACAUAUCUGCCUUCAAGAGCCAUGCUGGAUCCACCAUGGGUCACAUGCGAGGCCUGGGGGGUUCCAGGUUGGCUAGGGUGAUCUCCACUCUGGAGACCUGGCUCAAUGGUCAUGGGGAGAUCCAGGCCUCCAUGGAGGGCCUCAACAAAGGCCUGGCAGCUGUGUUCCUAUCAACACUGAGCCCAAACAAUGUGUCUGCCUCUCUUUUCAAAAUGGAGUCCAUACUUCAGGGUGCCGGUCAGGGCUGUGACGAGAUUGUUGUACGCUGCUCAGCUUUGCUCGAAGGAAAGCAAAACCCAUGUCGAGAGGGUUCCACUUGUGUGGUUUUGGAGUUAACUAGAGCCCUCACCUGCUUGCUCUCAGACCCCUACAGUCCCAAAGGCCCUAGGCUUUAUCUCAAGGCUUUCCAAGACAAUAAAUCGGAGACUGUAAGACUGGUCAAGGGUAGACAAGCUCAUCACCUGCCCAAGAUAGUGAAGGCCUUCUCUGAGCAGAUUUUGCCAAAAAAUACUGAAAUGAAGUCUAGGGAGAGAGCGAGUGAGGUCAUCGACAUUGUAGCAGAAGCUGCCUCUGAAUUCCUUGAGUUCUUAAUGGCUGUUUCGCCAGGUGACACAGAUGUGCAAGAGCUGCAAGCAACCUUCUUAUUUUCAUUAGGCAAGUUCGAAGAGAGCGCAGAUGUUUAUUCUGCUGCCUUGCAGGAUCUUUCACAAUCACAACCAAAGUCAGGUACAAGCAAGGUGGUUAAGGGGAUGCCAGCAGAAAGAAGAGCCAGUCUCUUGACCUGUAGAGCGGCCGCCCAUUUCUUCAUAGGGGGGCGAGCCACGGAGACAAGCCGGGACCUUGGUGAGGCUUUUGGAGUCCACCCUGCCACAGCACGACUGCAGUUCCAGAGGCUCUUCGUGGACCAGGGGACAGGAGCGGCAGCCCGCAUGCAACUGCGUCAGCAGGCAGAGAGAGGACUGUUGGGGUACAGGGAGACAGUCCUGGUCCGUCUUGACCUGCGUUCCUCUGAGGGCGUGGAGCUGCUGGACCCAGUGAUCGCGCAGCUCUGGGCGCUGUGCCACAUGGAGCCCGACGGGGGCAGCAGAGAGCUGCGGGUGCGGCUGGCCGAGUGCCUCCUCCUGCGGGGCGAGUUCCGAGAGGCCCUCUCCAUCUGCAGCCAGCUGGCGACCCACACCAACUCCCACACCCAGCAUAGCUACCAGAACACUGUGCAGGUGCUGCGCGGCUACUCCCGUCUUCUCUCAGAUGACCACAAGGGAGCCCUGGAGGACUUUCAAGCGGUGAUCGAGCACAUGGCACCCCACCCUUCCAGCUGUGUGCGGGCGCUGUGCGGCAGGGGCGUGCUGCGCAUGAGGGGCCUGCACUACCUCACAGCCCUGGACUAUGUGACGGCGAGCAGGUUGCAGCCCCAGGACACUGCGCUGACUGUACGCUGCUUGGUUCCCUGGAACUGCCGCGGGCUGCUGCUCACAGUGCUGUUGGAGCAGGCCAGGGUCAUGCUGGAGGAGUGGACCGUAGAUCACAGCUCCAGCCUCAGUCCCUUGGAACAGCAAGAGCACCAGCAGACCAAACAGCUACAGCCUACGCAGACAAGAGAUGGCUCCAAAGAAGGGACACCAGUUGGAGUCCACUCUCUGGCUGUUUUGCUGAUGGAGUUACAGCCCAGUGCUGAUGCUCCUCAGAUCCUGGUGGCUGAUGCCCUGUACCUGCUGGGCCGGGUGGAGGAAGCGUAUCGCUUGCUGUUGGCCAUUGGGCCCGCUAGCCCACGUGCACCCAUCCUGGCCCGCCUCAUCCUGCUUCAACUGCACCGGGGCUUCCUUUAUGAUGCCAACCAGCUGCUGAAGAAGCUGAUCCAGUGUGGUGAUACGAGCUGCUUGCGCCCCCUGCUGGCCUUGGCGUCUAAAAAGGACCGGCUGCUACUGCAGGGCUACUGCCACUCUGCCUCCAAACGCAUCCUGGAGGGCCUGCAAGGCGAGUGCACCCUGAGGCAGGCCGUGGCCUAUCUGUCCAUCGCCAUCAUGGCCUCUGGAUGUGAGGCAGCAAACUCAUUGAUGGAAAGGGCCAGGUGCUAUGUCUUGUUGGGCCAACGCAAGACAGCCAUCUUUGAUUUCAACUCCAUCUUGAAAGAGCACCCUGAUCAUGUACAGGCCCUCUGUGGAAGAGGCUUCACCUAUCUCAUGCUAAACCAACAGAAGGAAUGCACUCAGGAUAUACUGGCAGCACUUCAAAUAAGCAUGGACGCCGUCACCAAAGACAUCCUAUCGCUCAAAGAUAAGGCAAGGAAACUGGUCUGUGAUUGGCUGCAGCACUACUGCCGGACCAAUCUGUCGGAGAUCCUGGCGGCUAAGUCCGUCCCCUGCAAGGAAGAAGAGCUUCGAGAGGCUUUUCUAAUUGGAGGAGUCCUGAUGAGGACUGACUGCCGAGAUACCAGACGUCAUCUCCUCUACGUAGAUAUACUACUGGCCAAAGGUGAGGUGAAAUCAGCAGGAGCUCACCUGGCUCAGGUGUUUGGCCAGGAUCCCCGGGAGGCUGCAGCUCAGGCCAGGGUGGGCGUGGUGGAGGCCUGGCAGCAGAAUUACCGCGGAGGCGGCGCCAGGCUAAGCAAGCUGACUGAAAAGGAACCCUCUACUCUGGACUUCCUGCUGACCCUCAUUCCCCCGAUUCACAGGAAACGCAUGGCACAAGCAGCAGCCCAGGAAGCAGGCAGUGUCUCAACGAGUGGCCAUUGGGAGCAAGCCCUGGCCCUUCUGACUGUGGCUGUGCGAGCCGCGGCAGAGCUUCGACCGCAGUUCCUGCGCCAACGGGCCGCUUGCCUCGCCCAGCUUGACCUGCAUGAACGGGCUGUGGCCGACCUGGACCAGGUCAUCCAGAGCCACGGUGACCCCUCCGACGCUACAGUCUCCGGAGCCCCAGAAGAGCCUCACGUCUGGGCAGACGACCUGUGUCAGCGAGGCCGCAGCCUGGUGCUGUGCUCCCACGAGGGGCCCGCCCUGGACGACUUCAGCCGGGCCCUGGAGCUCCACCGGGGCCAGGCUUUGCAGUGUGUGGAGGCCGGGCUGGGAAGGUCCCGCCUGGCCGAGUGCUUCCUGCGUAUGGCCCUGCAGCACUACGGAGAGCAGCAGCUCAGUAAGGCCUGGAGGUUGACCGAGAGCGGCCUGUUGGUGGACAGUGAGCACAUGGAGCUGCGCAGGCUCAGGGCCAGGGUCAAGCGGGAGCACUGCAGCCCCUGCAUUGUACACUAGAUUAGUGUACCUUUGUAGUGCCUUUGUCCCUUGAGAUACCAUUGUACUGUACUUUGGAAGAAACACUUCCAAGUAAAGCUCACUUAAAGUAACCCUAUGACAAUUUGUUUUUGUGUACACUAAACCUCAGUUAAUUGCUACCGCAAAAAUAUUUAGAAUGUCAAAGGGGAAGCUGUAUUUAUAUCUUAUUCAGAAUGAGGGCUAAUAGAAUAAUGAACAUUUCGUUGGGUAGUAUUUUUGUAAAUAUGUGAGUAUUUUGCAAUCACAUUCCUGACAUUUAAUAGGAAAUGGCGUGGAAACAAUGGAUAUUCCCUGGUACUUGAUACCUGCCCUAUAUGGUGCCUUGUGGUGGUUGAAAGAAUCCCAAAGGAACAAACAAGUAACACAGGUUAUUUCUGUGUAAUUACGUUUGACUAUUUUACUACAUAACUAGUACGACUGUAAAGAUGCAACUACACACAACAAUUUUUGUUUUAUUUUUGUGUAUUUUUGAAUUCAUGUGUAAUAAACCAAAUGUCUUCGA